UGAAGCAUGUUAUCUGGGCCACGGCGGCCGUGAGCUAGCGGGCCACACCUUCCCAGCCUGCUGACGGCGCCGGACCCGGGCGGCAGCCAUGUCCACCGGCUUCUCCUUCGGGAGCGGGACCCUGGGCUCCACCACCGUGGCCGCCGGCGGGACCGGCACGGCCGGUGGCUUCUCUUUCGGCGCCGGGACGUCGAGUAACCCUUCGGUGGGCCUCAAUUUUGGGACUCUUGGAGGCACUGCAGCCCCUGCCACAGCAUCUGCUCCUUCAGGUGGAUUUGGAGCUGGGCUGUUUGGAGUGAAGCCUGCCACCGGGUCCACCCUCGGAGGAACAAACACAGGAAUAGCAACAACUAUUUCUACAGGAUUAACUCUAGGAGCACCAGCCACCACAUCUGCAACUACAACAGGUUUCAGUUUAGGGUUCAGUAAGCCCGCAGCAUCUGCCACUCCGUUCGCUCUGCCGCUUGCUUCCACCUCGUCCGGUGGUCUCACUCUGUCUUCUGCUCUGACGUCAACCCCAGCAGCGUCCACAGGAUUUACUCUGAAUAAUCUGGGUGGAACCCCGGCCACAACUACGACAGCAUCCACUGGCCUUUCUCUGGGGGGAGCCUUAGCUGGCCUGGGCGGCUCACUUUUCCAGAGCACAAACACACCAGCGGCAGGACUUGGGCAGAGUGCGUUAGGCCUGACUCUGGGAACUACCACAGCCACUUCAACUGCUGGCAACGAAGGCCUCGGUGGUAUUGAUUUUAGUAGCUCAUCGGAUAAAAAGAGUGAUAAAACAGGAACAAGACCAGAGGAUAGUAAAGCAUUGAAGGAUGAGAAUCUGCCUCCUGUCAUAUGCCAGGACGUCGAAAAUCUCCAGAAAUUUGUGAAGGAGCAAAAACAGGUCCAAGAAGAAAUCAGUAGAAUGUCUUCGAAAGCAAUGCUUAAAGUGCAGGAAGACAUUAAAGCUCUGAAGCAGCUGCUGUCGCUGGCGGCGAGUGGGCUGCAGAGGAACACCCUCAACAUUGACAAGCUUAAGCUCGAGACCGCCCAGGAGUUAAAAAAUGCUGAAAUCGCUUUAAGGACUCAGAAAACGCCCCCUGGACUGCAGCAUGAAAAUGCAGCUCCUGCUGACUACUUCAGAGUCCUAGUUCAGCAGUUUGAAGCACAGCUUCAGCAGUAUCGACAGCAGAUUGAAGAACUGGAAAACCACCUUGCCACUCAAGCAAAUCAUUCCCAUAUAACUCCGCAAGAUUUGUCGAUGGCUAUGCAGAAAAUUUAUCAAACAUUUGUAGCUCUAGCGGCCCAACUUCAGUCUGUUCAUGAAAACGUAAAGGUGCUCAAAGAACAGUACCUUGGCUACCGGAAAAUGUUCCUGGGUGAUGCUGUGGAUGUGUUUGAAGCCAGGAGAGCCGAAGCCAAGAAGUGGCAGAACCCACCCCGGGUGACCACAGGCCCCACUCCUUUCAGCAGCAUGCCCAACGCAGCAGCCGUUGCCAUGGCUGCCACACUUACUCAGCAGCAGCAGCCCGCGACAGGGCCACAGCCAUCUCUGGGAGUUAGUUUUGGAACGCCUUUCGGCUCAGGUAUUGGCUUGCAACCCAGUGGCCUAGGUUCUUCAAGCCUCGGAGGAUUUGGAACUAGCUCUGGUUUUGGAAGCAGCACCACAGGGGCCUCCACAUUUGGAUUUGGAACAACAAAUAAACCCUCAGGAAGUCUUAGUGCAGGCUUUGGCAGCUCAAGCACCUCUGGCUUUAACUUCAGCAACCCCGGCAUCACAGCAUCAGCGGGCUUGACCUUUGGGGUGUCCAAUCCUGCCUCUGCAGGCUUUGGGACAGGAGGACAGCUCCUUCAGCUGAAGAAGCCGCCAGCCGGAAACAAGAGAGGAAAGAGAUAAACGCACGGUGGAUGUAUCAGACUCCGUAGCAGCCGCGUCCACCAUGAGUCUAUUUUUCUAAAACCGAUGCCGUCCUUCUGUUGGGUCGCAGGGGAUUUAUAAAGUUUUGAUAUUUUUCCCUCCUUUGGAAUUGGAGCUGUGUUCCUACUUACCAUGCCGAACAGCAUUGUUCCUCCCCCAUGGCCCUUUGCGAUUGGGGAACCCAGCCAUGGGUUCUGUUGUUGUUGCUUUGAUCUGUGAGAAGUGUCCUGCUGAGGAGCUUUGUCCCUGUGUUCACUGUGUACCUUUGCAUCACAUGAAUUUCAGUGUCCCCUUAGCAUCAGUUUGUUUCCCAAGAAGGUCCUCUCGUGUACUACGUUGUAGGGCAUCCUGUGGAUACAUGUGUAAAUACGUACAUGCAGAAGAGCGUGCACAGUCGUGUGUGCAGGUAUUUCCAGACCUACAGCUCUGCUUCACAUUAUUCCCCUUGAAGCUUCAAAGCCCCCGUGCCCGCAGAUGGAUGAAGUUGUCCUCCAGGUCACCGUGGGCAUAGCUGGUGCCUCCGAGUCACGGAGUCUAGCAUGAAAGCCUGCUCUCUUGCCCGCGGUCUGGCUCUCCCGCUUUCAGCUGAGAGGUUCCAUUUCUGUGUCCACACUAGCUGCCAGCAGCUGUCCCAAAUGAGAGAGGCUGGGAGACCGGCCAGCCGAUCGGAACAACUUUCCUCUUGCCCUCACACUGCAGACGUAGAGUGGUUUUGUUUUUGCUUUCUGGGAUGGUCCUCCAGGCGCAUAUGUGAACCUCUAGGCGUCAUGACGUUCUGGGGCAAAGAGCUAGUAAGCCAAAUGGAUUCUUUGCUGGUGAAAGUUACACCACUGAGUGGAAACUUCUAGCUCUAACGUUCCAGAGUGUCUUUCUGAGAGGGCGAUUGAACCCGACACCAGUUGGAGUGGCUUCUCAACCUCUUCACAUCUUAAGGAAGUGCUAGCUAUGGAAUACAGAAACAAUGUGUUUUAAGAAAAAUAGAAUAUUCUUGAUAUGAACUCUCCCUGGGUCUGGUGUUGACAGAGCUCCAGAUGGUGACAACCCAUGGGCCUGUCAGGCUUCCUGCGUGACCCACUGUCUCCACGCGGGGGCUUUAAAAUGUUCCUGGGGAAAUGCCAUUUUCUAAUUUCUAUUUUCCCACCAGCAUCUUGAGAAGGCCUCCUCUCAGUGUCCCAGAGGGAAGCAGAGUGCGGAGAACCCAGAGCCCUCUGCUGGAGGCCUGCCUUUGCCGGGAUGGCUGAGAGCUGCCAUAAGCUUGGCUUGUCUGUAUCGAUUUACAAGUGCAGUUCUCAGACAGAAGGCAAACAUCGACUGUCAUUGGAAAUAGUUUUUGUUUUGCUUUUUUGAAAGAAAGUUUUGUACAUAAUGUGAUCAAGUGAAUAUUUUCAGCAUAAUUUUCACCAAGGCAUCUUUUUUUCUACAAUAGGAAUUGCAUAUAUAUUGUCUAUACCCGCAUAUAUAUUUUUAGUAUAAUGUUAGUUUGGUUUAAUUAUAAAAGUAUUGUCAAAAUCUGUAUUAUUUAUCUGCAUAUAGCAAUGAAUGGCUUUAUUUUUUGUUUGGUUUGCUUUUCUCCCAGAUUUGACAUUUGUAUGCCCGGGUGCAUUAAAGUCAGGACAAAUGGUUGUUUAACUUGUUUGUAUUUUGCAUAUUUCUCCUGUACUGUCAAUCCCCAAACCUACCCUGUGGGAUUGGUUAGGAGAGGGAGCAUUCUGUGUUGUGAAUACAUAAUGAAAUCAGUUUUUCCCUCUCUCUUUUUUAAAGACAUGCAUUGGGCUGCAGAAAUCUGAAUGUUACUAUGUCUUGGUUUCAUUUCUUUGAUCUGUUUUACAUUUAAUUUGUUGAACCACUGGAAAUUUUGUUGUACCCAAAUCCUCAGUGAUAGCAGUUAAGACUGAUUGUCCUUAUCACCUGUCUUCACUCUGUCUCCAGCCGCUGUUCUGUGAACAAUAAAGCCUGUUCUGUCUGUU